AUGCCGCGAGAAAACCCAGCGACGUGUCGCGACGUCCAGUGCCCCGACCACGUCUUGAAAGCCAUCUACUCCCAACAACACAUCGUCGAAGUUUCGGAGAGCGACGAGUCGCACUCGAAACGAGUCGUCAUCGACGACGAGUUGAGACGAAAGAAACUGGAAGAGUACGACGAAAACUUGAAGAAAUGGUGGGAAGAAUACGCGGCGAGAAAGAACAGCGAGGACGAGGAACACGUGUGCGACUCUCUGUUGUACGACUUUUCGCACCUGCCGAGGACGACGCCGGCGCCGAACUUUUUGGAAGAUCGAGUCGUGAAGACGUUGGGCGCGAAGGAAGUCGUGCACAAGACGACGACAGAGGCGACGGGGACCCAAACGACGACGGGGAAAUAG